AUGCAUUUAACCAAAUCAGGAUGUGAAGAUUGUGUAAAAAUGUUAUGGAAAAAUUAUUUCGAUAUAACUAAAAAGGAACGUGAACAAGAAAGAAAAAAUUUAGUAAUCAAUUAUCAAGGUGCCUCUAUGCCUAUAUGGUAUAAAACAUUCGGUUCAAGCCCGUUUGGUGAAAAAAGUUUAAUUAUUUCACUUCAUGGGGGUGGUGGAACUGAACCUUUUAUAAAUGAUAUGCAAUGGGAGAAUCAAAAAACUCUAUAUAAUAUUGAGGAGGGUGUCUACGUAGUGCCUCGAGCUCCUGGAGUAAAUUCAAAUAAAGUAUAUUUGACAGGGUAUUCAGCGGGUGGUGAUGGCGUAUAUAAACUUGCUCCACGAACAGCUGAUCGAUGGGCAGCUGCAAACAUGAAUGCGGGACAUCCUAAUGAUGCAUCACCAUUGAGUCUUCGUAAUACACCAUUUACAAUUCAUGUAGGAGCCAAUGAUGUUGCCUACAAUCGGAAUAAAGUUGCGCAGGAAUGGGCAGAUAAACUUGCAAAACUUAAUAAAGAAGAUUCUAAAGGUUACGACCAUUGGGUUGAAAUCUACGAUAAGACGGGGCAUUGGAUGGAUGGCAAGGAAAAGGCUGCAUUAAAUUGGAUGGCAAAACAUAUUCGAAAUCCGACACCUGAUCGAGUAGUCUGGUGGCAAGAUGCCGUUACACACGAUCGGUUCUUUUGGUUAGAACUUCCAAAAGAUCAAGUUCGUCAGUAUACCAAAGUAAUUGCUACGCGUGAUCGUCAAAAUUUUAACAUUCAGACCAAAGAUUAUAAAAAUGUGACAAUUCUUUUGAACGAUACCAUGGUAGAUAUGGACUCUCCAGUCAAGAUUACCAUGGAAGGAAAAGUUUUGUUUGAAGGUAUUGUAUCACGCACCAUCGGAGCAAUAGCAAGAUCGUUAAAACGGCAUGGAGAUUUGUACUUAAUAUUCACUGGGGAAGUAACAGUCUGCACUGAAUCUCAACAGGAUGAGUUUAAAAAUUAA